GAAGUCAGCCAGCGCUGCCGCCACUCUCGAGCCGGUAACGAUGGCGACCGGGUUCGUGUCGGUGCCGCUCAAGAAGUCCUCGGAGGUGGACUUCGCCAAACCGCUCUCCAAGUUCAUCGCCAGCACCAACCCGAGCGGCGAGGCCCAGUCCGAGUACAUCAGGGCGGCCGAGGAGCUCAGCAAACUGCGCAAGAGCGCCGUGGGCAGGCCGCUCGACAAGCACGACAGCUCCCUGGAAAUCCUGCUCAGGUAUUAUGAUCAGCUAUGUGCUAUUGAGCCGAAGUUUCCAUUCUCAGAAAACCAGAUUUGUAUAACUUUUACCUGGAAAGAUGCAUUUGACAAAGGAUCUUUGUUUGGAGGAUCUGUUAAGCUUGCCCUUUGUAGUUUGGGAUAUGAAAAGAGCUGUGUGCUGUUCAAUGCUGGAGCACUUGCUAGCCAGAUUGCAGCAGAACAGAAUCUGGAGAAUGAUGAAGGAUUGAAGGCGGCAGCUAAAUAUUAUCAGUUCAGUAGUGGAGCAUUUCAACAGAUCAAGGAUACCGUGUUGUCAGCAUUGAAUCGGGAGCCCACUAUGGACAUCUCUCCAGAUACAGUCGGCACCCUCAGUCUGAUAAUGCUGGCUCAAGCACAGGAAGUGUUUUUCCUUAAAGCAACUGCUGAUAAAAUGAAAGAUGCAAUAAUAGCUAAACUAGCUAAUCAAGCUGCAGAUUACUAUGGUGAUGCCUACAAACAAUGCCAGUAUAAGGAAAAUCUACCCAAGUAUUUUUAUUUCCAGGAAGUGCUGCCUAUUCUUGCUGCAAAACAUUGCAUCAUGCAGGCCAACGCAGCGUACCAUCAGUCAGUUCUGACAAAGCAACAGAAGAAAUUUGGUGAGGAAAUUGCAAGAUUACAGCAUGCAACCGAAUUGAUAAAGACUGUAGCUUCUCGCUACGAUGAGUAUAUCAAUGUGAAGGAUCUGUCUGACAAAAUCUCUCGAGCAUUGACAGCUGCAAAGAAAGACAAUGAUUUCAUUUACCAUGAUCGUGUUCCUGACCUGAAAGAUUUGACUCCAAUUGGCAAGGCCACACUGGUGAAGCCUACUCCAGUCAAUGUGCCCUUGAGUCAGAAAUUCACUGAUCUGUUUGAGAAGAUGGUUCCUUUGGCAGUGCAACAAGCUCUGAGUAUGUACAAUCAGAGAAAGGCUGACUUGGUGAACAGAGUCAUUGGACAGAUGAGAGAAGCCAAUAACCUGGCCAAUGGUGUUCUGGCCUCCUUGAACCUACCUGCUGCGCUCGAAGAUGUUUCUGGGCACAGUAUUCCUCAGUCCAUUCUGGAGAAAUCCAAAGCUGUCAUUCAGCAGGGUGGCCUGGAGACAGUAGACCAGUUGAUAAAAGACCUUCCAGAACUUCUGCAGCGAAAUCGGGAGAUUUUGUUGGAGUCAAUGAAAAUACUGGAUGAAGAGGAAUCUUCAGAUAAUGACCUUAGAGCGAAAUUUCAGCAACGCUGGCAGAGGACACCUUCAAAUGAGCUGUAUAAAUCUCUGCGAACAGAGGGAGGAAAUUUCAGAAACUUUCUGGACAAAGCUGGACAAGCAGAUAAUGUGGUCCGAGAGCGUUAUUCCACUCAUCGUGAUGCUAUUGCCCUUCUCUGUCAUCCUGAAAAUGAGUUAAAUGCUGCCAUACCAUCUGGCAAUCCUGCAAACUCCCUACAAGGGACUGAGGUUAUUACAAUCCUGAAGUCACUUCUUGCUUCUUUGGAUGAAACAAAGAAGGAAAGGGAAACUUUAGAGAAUGAUAUCAAGCUACAGCAGUUUGACAUGUCCAGUGCCUUUUUGACUGCAUUGGCUCAGGAUGGGGCUAUUAAUGAAGAGGUUAUCUCAGUGACUGAACUUGAUCGAAUUUAUGGAACUUAUACUCAGAAAGUGCAAAAAAAUCUGAAAAGCCAGGAGGAGUUGCUAUCAAGUAUUCAGAUGAAUCAUGAAGAAUUUUCCAAGUCAAAGCAGUCCAAUGCAGAAGCUGAUUCACGGGAAGAAAUGCUUAAGAAAUUAGCAGCGGCCCAUGAUCAGUAUAUUGAGCUUGUUGCUAAUUUGAAAGAAGGAACAAAAUUCUACAAUGAGCUGACAGAAAUCCUUCUGAAAUUACAAAACAAAUGUACAGACAUUGUGUUUGCUCGUAAAACUGAAAGGGAUGAACUGCUAAAGGAUUUGCAGCUGAGCAUAGCGAAGCAACCUAGUGCUCCGAAUAUCCCAGCAGUGCCUGCAUACCAAACUAGCAAUACCAUGACUGGAGGAACUACAACACCUGUGCCCACUCCAGCACCCAGAACGGUAUUUCAACCCAAACCUACACCUCCUGCUCGCCCACCCCCUCCUGUUGUCCCUUCAACUGUAGCUGCACCUUAUUCUGCUUCUGCCCCAGGACCCAGUACUGCACCUCCAGCUGUUGGGCCCUCUGUUAUGCCAACACAGGCUCAAGGACCUCCAUACCCCACAUAUCAAGGCUAUCCUGGGUUUUACCAAAUGCCGAUGGCGUACAAUCCAUACGCUUAUAGUCAGUACGGUAUGCCAGUCAUGUUCCAGCCGCCUGGACAACAACCUUACCAAGGACCACAGCCACCUCAGCAGCCAGGAUACCCUCAUCCUCAGCUGCCAGGAUACCCUCAGCCUCAGCAGCCUUAUUACCAGCAAUGAGAAAUGCCGACUGACUGAACAAUAUGCUCUCUUAUAAUGGUCGCAUUUUAAUUACCUCGCAAUACUUCAAAUGUGUACUCUUACAUUAUUAAUUUCUGGGGUUCAUGCUGAAUUUAGUAAGACCUUUGUAAGACUGAAGAUUGCACUUAACUCUGGGUAGUUUUUUGCCAAGCAACAAACAUUAGGUAAAUUCCAAGUGGUGUCAUCUCGACAGUUUAAAAAAUAUAUUUGCUUACUAUAUAAUUUUUGUUAAGUAGAAACAUUUUCUAAUCAGCUUUAAGGAAUGGACAUGAUAUGGCACGCAAGCCUAACAUUUGGUUGUGUGAUUAAUGGCCUGAGCUAUCUUUGAGCCAAUAACUUGACUAUUCUUUGAGCUACUACUUUAAAUAUUUGCUGAUGAUAUUGUAUCUUGUUUGUUAUCACACUAAUUCUAUUUUGUCUAAUCAGGGCCUUGUAAAUCUAUGGUAAUUUAAGCUUUAAUUACAUUAAACUAUCAAGUCUGAAA